AUGUCAAAUAAUAAGGCUGGCGGUGAAUAUGAAGUCAUCACUAUUGGUGAUGCAAAAAAGCUUCAAGCAACAAUUUCAGAGCUUGGCGCUACUUUGCUUGACUUGAAAGUGAACAACGAAUCGAUUGUUCUAGGAUACCCUGAUAUUCAUGGCUAUAUAUCAGAUGGCUACAACUACAUUGGUGCUACUGUUGGCCGUUAUGCAAAUCGUAUUUACAAGGGCAUGUUCAGUAUGGAAGAUGGACCUCAUCAGUUGACAGUGAACAAUUGUGGAAACACCAACCACAGUAGCAUCAGCUCCUUCCAUCUCAAGAAGUAUAAGGCAUCCAAAGUCCAAAAUCCUCUUGAUGACCUUUACAUUGUUGAAUUUACGUUAUUGGAUGACCGCACACUGCCCAAUGAAUUUCCGGGAGAUCUAGCUGUAAACUUAAAGUACACAUUGAACGUUGCUGACAUGACCUUGGACUUGGAAUACGAGGCAAAACUGGUCAGCGGUGAGGCUACUCCCAUCAACAUGACGAAUCACACGUACUUCAAUUUAAACAAAACUAUGGAUAAAAAAUCCAUUAGCGGUACGGAGGUUAGGCUCUGCUCAGAUAAAUCAUUGGAAGUAAGCGAAGGAGCACUAAUUCCAACCGGUAAAAUCGUUCAAAGAAAAAUUGCUACUUUUGACUCCUCCAAACCUACCAUUCUGCAGGAUGAUGGCCCGAUUUAUGACUACGCUUUCAUUGUUGAUGAAAAUAAGAAUUUGAAAACGACAGACUCAGUAAGUGUAAACAAGCUCGUCCCUGCCUUCAAGGCUUAUCAUCCGGCAUCACGACUUUCAUUGGAGGUUUCAACAACAGAACCAACUGUCCUAUUUUACACAGGUGACAACUUGUGUGAUGGAUUUACGCCGAGAUCUGGCUUUGCCGUUGAACAAGGCAGAUAUGUUGACGCAAUCAACCGUGAUGGAUGGAGAGACUGCGUUCUUUUGAGACGUGGUGAGGUAUAUACUUCUAAGACUCGAUAUCGUUUUGCGGUGUAG